CUAAAAGUCUAAUAAAAGGUAGGUGGCAAGGAGACAGCUCCGAGAAAGAGAAAAGGGGGUUUGUACUUGGUAUUGGUAAUAGAUUUCUCUCUCCUGUCCUGUGGCAUACAAACCAAGCCAAGCCACGCCAAGCGAAACCCAACCCAGUCAUCCUGCAAUCUAGGGUUCGUCAAAUCCCAAAAUCUCUUUCUUUCGCUGCCCAAUUUUAUUCGUUGUCUCUAUUCAUCUUCCUCACUCAAUACCUACAUUCUCUUCAGCACUAUUUCCGCUCCACUUUUACCUCUUCGCAAUCGAAUUCUCCUGAUUUUCGGUUUUGUAUCCAUCAUGACGAUUCCUGAUUCGGGGAAUAUGAUGGAGAACGGAUCAAUUGAGUUGCCAUGCACGCCGGAGGAAGAGAAACGGAUCGUAACGGAGUUAACCAAAAAAGCGGAUGCAAAUCUGAAAGAAGGCAAUUUGUACUAUGUCAUCUCCAACAGGUGGUUCAUGGACUGGCAGAAAUAUACAGGGCACGACAUUGAUGCUUAUCCAUUUCCUGAGCCUUCUUCUGCUUCCUGGCCUUUGGUUCUGUCAAAGACAGCAGAUAGACCAGGACCGAUUGAUAAUACUGAUAUAGUGUCAAAUGGAAGUGAUUGUGUAGAUGAUGAUCUACAGCUUCAUAGGACACUAGAGGAAGGGCGUGAUUAUGUUUUAGUUCCUCGAGAAGUUUGGGAGAAGCUUUCUGAAUGGCUUCUUUACAUGAGCUUUAUGAGAGGGUGUGUGGACUUAAAGGGAUACAACCUGAGAAGGCACAGAUCUGGGAUUAUUUUAAUAAACAGAAACAUAUGGUGUUAAGUGAUUCGGACCAAACCCUGGAGGAAUCUAGUUUGCAGAUGGACCAGGAUAUUCUUCUGGAAGUGCAAGUUGAUGGAUUUUGGACCUCUGGAUUUGGCUUGGAAUCAACGGGAAAUGAAUUAGCCUUGGUUCCAAUAGAACCCGUAAGAUCAUCUGUGACAAUUGCAGGGGGGCCGGCUUUGUCCAAUGGUUAUUCAACAGGUUAUAAUUCCAGUUUGUAUCAGGGAAAUACCUUAAGUUCGGCAUUUACAGAUAUGGAGGAUGGAUAUGAUGUUUUGAGACCUGCGGCGAAAGGAGACAGGGGAGGUUUGGCAGGGUUGCAGAAUUUGGGAAAUACUUGUUUCAUGAAUAGUGCUAUUCAGUGCUUAGUUCAUACACCACUACUUGUUGAAUACUUUUUGCGAGACUACACUAAUGAGAUCAACAGGCAAAAUCCUUUAGGAAUGCAUGGUGAGCUUGCACUUGCGUUUGGUGACCUACUGAGGAAACUUUGGUCUUCUGGGCGGACAGCUAUUGCACCUCGUGCAUUUAAGGGAAAACUUGCUCGAUUUGCUCCCCAGUUUAGUGGGUAUAAUCAGCAUGAUUCCCAGGAACUCCUUGCCUUCUUGCUCGAUGGACUGCAUGAAGAUUUGAAUCGUGUUAAGCAAAAGCCUUAUUUUGAAACCAAGGAUUCUGAUGGUUGCCCUGAUGAGGAAGUGGCGGAUGAGUAUUGGAGAUAUCACAAGGCCCGAAAUGACUCUGUGAUUGUGGAUGUUUGCCAGGGUCAAUACAAGUCAACAUUGGUUUGCCCAGUUUGCAACAAAAUUUCAAUAACAUUUGACCCCUUCAUGUACUUGUCGUUGCCGCUACCUUCGACCCUCACCCGGACAAUGACUGCAACUGUGUUUUAUGGUGAUGGGAUUGGCCUUCCAAUGCCAUACACUGUUACUGUCCUAAAACAUGGUUGCUCUAGAGAUCUUAGCCAGGCUUUGGGUAUUGCAUGCUGUUUAGGGAGUCAUGAAUGCCUGUUGCUUGCGGAGGUUUAUGAACAUAAAAUAUUUAAAUACUUGGAUACUCCUUUGGAACCUCUGACUUCUAUAAAAGAUGACGAUCAUAUUGUUGCUUACCGACUUCCCAGAAAAGGGGCUGAAUUGACGAGACUAGAGAUAUGUCACCGAUACCAGGAAAAAUGUAUGACAGACAAUUUUAAGGCCAGUGAGAGGAAGCUUUUCUUAACACCCCUAGUUACUUAUUUGGAAGACCCACAAACGGGGGCUGGUAUCGAUCUUGCUGUUAGUAGAAUACUUUCUCCAUUGAGAAAGAAAGCAUUUUUCACUUCACCAAGUAUCAGUUGUGGCAUGGAAAAUGGUUCUGCUUCAGAAGCUGUUGAAGAAUCAAUGGACAGCUGUAGUACCCUGUUAGAACCUGAGAGCUACUCGAAGGACAAUACAGAACAGCCAGAAAUGUCCAGCAGGGACUUGUCAUUUCAGCUUUGCAUAGCAGAUGACAAGUUUUUAAGCUGCAGACCAAUUGCAAAGGAUUUACCCAUAAAACCUGGUCGACUAGUGAAGGUUAUGCUUGACUGGACUGACAAAGAACACGAGUUAUUUGAUUCCAGCUACCUCAAAGAUCUUCCUGAGGUUCACAAAACGGGGCUUACCGUGAAGAAAACCCGGCAGGAAGCUAUCUCUUUGUUUUCAUGCUUGGACACAUUCUUACGGGAGGAACCCUUAGGGCCUGAUGAUAUGUGGUAUUGCCCUCGGUGCAAGGAACACAGACAAGCCACCAAGAAGUUAGACUUGUGGAGGUUACCAGAGACUCUCGUCUUUCACUUAAAACGGUUUUCAUACAGCCGAUGGCUAAAGAACAAACUCGAUACCUUUGUUAAUUUCCCCAUUCACAAUCUUGAUUUGAGCAAAUAUGUUAAAAGUAAGGAAGCUUGCGCUGGAUCUCAUGUUUAUGAGCUGUAUGCCAUUAGCAACCAUUAUGGUGGCCUAGGUGGUGGGCACUACUCUGCUUAUGCUAAGUUAAUCGAUGACAACAGAUGGUAUCAUUUUGACGAUGCCCAUGUUUCGCCUGUUAGUGAAGCUGAGAUCAAGACAUCGGCUGCUUAUGUGUUGUUCUACCGAAGAGUUAAAGUCCAACCAAAUGCAGCAGUGGGAGAGCCGUCCCAAAUUCAUGGGACUUCUUGAAGGCUAUGUCUGGGCAUUUACAUCACCAUUCUGUAUUUUAUAUGGCUCUCAAGGUUCCUUAACCCGGGGGA